AAAAAAAAAAAACGCGGACUUGUCGGACAUUGACCAAUAUUACCAACACUGUAGUGGCACAUGAGCUCGUCCGUGCUGUUCCGGAGCGAAGACGGGACCGUCGUCCUGCUCGACCUGCCUCGGUCCAUCGAAGAGAGCCAGGGUGAGGAUCCCGGUCGAGCGCAACCAGCAGUAUCAAAAUCACAAACAGCACACCACACCCGCUGUCUCAUCUCCACAGAGCCGCCGCACACGCCCUUCUCGCUGCCGGAGCCCAAGCGCCCGCGCCAUGACGCGCUACCCAGCGCCGCGGCCCAAGUCGCGCAGCUGAUGGCUCGGUGCGCCGUCGAGCGAGCCCUGGGCCAGGUGCGGGCUGGUCACGCGGGGCCUUGGCUGCUGCCCCGUGCCUUGCAGCAGCCGUCUGGUCGGGGCGCGGGCCCUGACGGUGCGGCUGAGGGCGGCUGCAACCCUGGAUCGAGUCGGAAGCGGAAGGCGGCCGCUUUGUCGACGGCUACGGUAAGCGGUCCAAAGGAGGCAGAGGCAGAGGCAGAGGCGGGAGAGGAGCACUUCUUCCCGCCGGCAUCACACUACGUCCUCGGCAGUAUCGAGGCGACCCGGCAGGCCUUUGUAGAGAGCGCGCCGCCCGCGUUCGACCUGAUCGUCCUGGACCCGCCGUGGCCAAACAGGUCCGCGGCCAGGAAGAAGGGGAGGGGCAGGUACAACCUCGCGGCGGGCACGGCCGAGGUCCGGCGGCUGUUGUCGCUCGUCCCGGUGGCGGCCCACCUCGCGCCCGACGGCCUGGUGGCGGUCUGGGUGACCAACAAGCCGGCCUUCGCCGAGGUGCUGGCCUCCCUGCUGGACGAGUGGGGGCUCGAGCUCGUCGGCGAGUGGGCGUGGCUCAAGGUGACGUCGCGGGGCGAGCCCGUCUUCCCCGUCGAGUCCGAGUUCCGGAAGCCGUGGGAGCCGCUGCUGGUGGCGCGGAGGAGGGGGUCGUCGCGGACGCUGCCCGCGGGGUGGGACAGGAGGGUCCUGAUCGCGGUGCCGGACGUGCACUCGCGCAAGCCCAACCUGCGCCAUCUCUUCCAGGGGGUCCUCCAGCCGGGCUUCCGCGGACUCGAGGUCUUUGCCAGGAGCCUGGUCGCCGGCUGGUGGAGCUGGGGCGACGACGUCUUGCGUUUCCAACACCGCAGCCACUGGGCGCUUGAAAAAACAAACGCGGGGCCUGCCAUGGGAGAGGAGCGUGGAUCCAUAGCAAGAGAUCUACAAUCAUGAACAGAGGCUAUGAUGCCAGGCCGGAUCCAUCGUACAAAAUAUGUAAUAUACACAAGGUCACGAGUAAAGAACAUGUCAUUGGCCGGGUGGCAGCUCGAUAUCCUUCUCGACCUCGAUCCACUUGUCGUCCAGCGGCGAGUCGUUG